CUUCACCCCUCCAACCUUCAACAGCCUCACCACCAUACACACCCACCACGAUGUCAUCCAUCACACAGAUCAGCUCGAAAGAGCAAUUCAGCUCUCUGCUGACUUCGUCUAAAUUCGUUGUCGCUGAUUUCCACGCAGACUGGUGCGGACCAUGCAAAGCCAUCGCCCCCGCCUACGAACAGCUCGCAUCGCAGCUCUCCCGCCCCAACCGCAUCACAUUCACCAAGAUCAACGUCGACGAGCAGCAAGAGAUAGCCAAAGCGUAUAGCGUUACUGCAAUGCCCACCUUCAUCAUCUUCGAACGCGGCCGCCCCGUCUCCACCGUCCGCGGCGCAAACCCCCAACAACUCUCCCAAGCCGUCCAGAAACUCGCCUCGGAAGCAAGCAAGCCCGACGAAGGCGGCGCCAGCACAGACUCCAUCGCCGGCGGAGUCGGCUGGCUGGGUGCGCCCGUGCCGCGCGGAUACAGCGAUAUCACAGACCAGUACGAUCCCAAGGGCCUGGAGCUGCUGAAUCGGGAUAGCGAGCAUGCUGGACCGCGGACGCUGCUGGAGCCGGGGAAGCCGUCUGCUUUGGGAGCCAAGGGGAAGGGCAGUGCUGGGAAGACGCCCGACUGGGUGGAGAGCGAUACGGACGAGCAAUUGAUGCUGUACGUGCCGUUUCAGUCGACUGUCAAGGUGCACUCUCUACAGAUUACGUCGUUGCCGGGGGUGCAGCAGGGUGAGGACGAAGAUGAGGAUGAGACGCCGAUGCGCCCCAAGACGAUUCAGCUCUAUGUCAACCGGUCGCAUGUGCUCGGGUUCGACGAGGCGGAGGAUAUCCCUGCCGUGCAGACGGUGACGAUCCAGCCUGGGGACUGGGACAAGACGACGGGGACGGCCAAGGUCGAGUUGCGGUUUGUCAAGUUCCAGAGCGUGACGUCGCUGGUGAUGUUCUUUGAGGAUGGGGAUGGAGACGGGGAGAAGUUGCGGGUUGACCGGAUUAGGAUUCUGGGUGAAGCCGGGGACAAGAGGGAGAUGGGCAAGUUGGAGAAGAUUGGGGAUGAGCAGGGAGAAUAGAUAUUCUCAGUCCGCUGUCUAUCAUACAAGCAUACAAUAUCACUAUCAAU